AUGUCCUCCGAUAUGGUAUCUGAUUCUACUGCGAGCGUGCAGGACCAGGUCACAGGCACUGUGAAUGUUGCUAAGUUGGUAUAUGCCUCGACGGGAGCUCUACAGACUAGGGUUAUCGAGAUCAAUGAUGACAGUGGCAAAGCUUUCGUCUAUAAUUGUGAGGGCGUCUCCUCGGACAUAACUUCACAAGGAACUUCCUACAAUGUCCAGGCAAGGUUUCCCCGUCUCGCCUUUCGUCAUACCUAA